AUGUAUUUAUUACGAACAAGGAAGAUGAUAUUUCUCAUUCGGGAGUAUACACUUUCCAUUAGAGACCACAAUUUAAUUUAUGCUGUUAGAAAAAUUGGUUUACCCAGGGGACAACCAAAGUUUAUUCCAUCGAGGAAUUUUAAACAUUUCAAUGAGGAAAAUUUCUUAACAGAUCUGAAAAAUGCCUCAUGGCCUGUUAUUAAAAGCGCUAUGGAAGUGAAUAGUGCGUGGAAUACAUGGAAAGAUAUAUUUUUGAAUAUAGUUGAUAAGCAUGCUCCGAGGAGAGUCAUGCAAGUCAGAAAUAAACGGGCUCCUUGG